AAAACUCCCAACCCAUCAAAUUUAUUAGUCCCUCACUCCCUAUCAUUUCGUUUUACCAAGUUCAUAUACUAAAAAAUUUUAUUCAUUACUACCCAAAUACUUGAGCAUUACAUACUAGUAUCUUCAUCAUCAUUAUCAAUAGUCACUAGAAAAUGGUACCAAAAGUUCGUGCAGGAAUGGAAGUGGACAUGGCUGGGAAUGAGGACUCUGGAAAAAGUGUAGUAAAGGGAGAGAAAAUGAAGUAUUAUCUAGAGAAAGUGAAAAGGCUUCCUAAAUUGGUUUGGAAAACUAUGUGGAGAGUUGGGAAAGAAGAUCCAAGGAGAGUGAUUCAUGCCUUGAAAGUUGGUUUGUCACUAACACUGGUUUCGUUGUUGUAUUUGAUGGAGCCUUUGUUUGAAGGGAUUGGACAGAAUGCCAUUUGGGCUGUGAUGACCGUUGUUGUCGUUCUUGAGUUCACCGCGGGGGCAACUUUGUGCAAAGGACUAAACAGAGGAUUAGGAACUUUGAUAGCUGGAUCAUUGGCAUUCUUGGUGGAGUACAUAGCCACUGAAACCGGUCACGUUUUCCGAGCUGUUUUUAUCGGAACAGCUGUUUUUGUCAUUGGAGCAUUAUCAACUUAUUUAAGAUUCUUUCCCUACAUAAAGAAGAACUUUGAUUAUGGGGUUGUAAUAUUCAUGUUGACGUUUAAUCUGAUAACUGUGUCGAGUUACCGAGUCCACAAUGUGUUAAAAAUCGCUCAUGAACGAUUCUACACCAUUGCAAUCGGCUGUGGUAUUUGCCUACUUAUGAGUCUACUCGUUUUUCCAAACUGGUCCGGGGAAGACCUUCACAAUAACACUGUUUUCAAGCUUGAAUGCAUAGCCAAAUCCAUUGAAGCUUGUGUGGAUGAAUAUUUCAACGUUGAUGUACUUGAAGAAGAUGUUGACAAAUCAGCUGAAGAAGAUCUCGUAUACAAAGGUUUCAAGGCUGUUUUAGACUCCAAAUCUAUUGAUGAGACAAUGGCUUUACAUGCAAGUUGGGAGCCAAGGCACUCAAGACACUGUCACAGAUAUCCAUGGCAGCACUAUGUUAAAUUGGGAGGAGUUCUUCGCCAAUUUGGAUACACUGUCGUAGCUCUUCAUGGCUGUUUGCAAACUGAAAUUCAGACCCCAAAAUCAGUACGAACUCUAUUCAAAGAUCCAUGCAUCAGAGUAGCAAAAGAAGUGUCAAAAGCUCUUAGGGAGCUAGCCACCAGCAUAAAAAACCGCCGCCAUUGCUCGCCGGAGAUCCUCUCAGACCACCUCCACGAGGCCUUACAAGACCUGAACACGGCCAUCAAAUCCCAACCCCGCCUCUUCCUUGGCUCAGACAAAGGUGGCUCCGCCACAAACAACAUGCUGGCCUUAGCCGCGGCGCACGCUGCCUCGGCGGGGAAGCGUACACCGCGAGAAAGCGAACAGAAACAACCGCACUUGUUCAGCCAUUCACACCUGUCUAGCGUGAAGACUGACUCGUCAGCCUUGAUGGAGUGGAAAAGCAAAGGAGGAGAGAUCAACAACCGUAGUCAAAACAAGAUGCUGAGGCCUCAGCUCAGCAAGAUCGCCAUAACCAGCCUGGAGUUCUCGGAAGCUCUGCCGUUUGCGGCGUUUGCUUCGUUGCUGGUUGAGACAGUGGCGAAGCUUGAUAUUGUUAUUGAGGAAGUUGAGGAGUUGGGAAGAUUGGCUUGUUUUGCUGAGUAUAAGGAAGAUGACAGUGUUACUGUUACCUGUGAAACUCCAAGAGUCAACGUUGUCCAAAAUCAGUUGCCCUCUCAUGGAGCUGACUAGGAUAAAUUUUAUCAAAACACUUGUGUUCUAAAUUUAUCAUGAUUAAGAGUUUUUUUUUUUUUAAUAUUUUUAGAUAGGAUAUUGUUUACCGAGUUUUUCGGAAACGAAUAACUAACAGAAUAAUAAAAAGAUAAGAACUGUAGAAAUACUGAAAUGUAACUAAACAAACAGUGUUUUUACGUGGUUCAGGCGUUAACAAGCCCUAGUCCACGAGUCGAUGUUAUUAUACUUG